UAAUGUACAGCGUAGAAGGGUGUUUUGUGUUUUGAUUAUGUAGAUAUGAUCACUUGCCGAAAAUAGGCUCACGCUUAACAUAGCUCUUGUAUUCAGAAACAGACAUAGUGAACUCAAUAGUCUUAAUAGAAGCAUAAAUGCGAAGAACAAGUACAAAUCUGAGCUCCUAUCUUUAGGUGAAAUAAGCGCAAUUUUUUUUACAGUCACGCUACACGAACAAUUUUUUCUUUCUUCUUUGGUCGUGUGUGUGUGUGUACGCAUUAUAGACGUGAUACAGAUACUUUUCUCUCUUUCUUUUCACUUUUUUCUUUUUAGACUCUACCUUGGAAUCAACUGUGUCUGGUUGUCAUGUCUUCCACUGAUUUAGAGUCUAACAGAGAACGCUCUGCAAAGAGUCGGUCCUCUUCUCCUAUUCGAAAGUACCUGUCUCCAUCCAGAACGCCCUUGUCUUCUACAGACGAUAAUAUUCAACCCUCUGAGAACAAAGAAAAAGCGCCCACGAAACAAAAGACGUUUUAUGACUUUUAUUAUAGCAAAAAGAAGACUACCGCACCACUUCCCACAACCAGUACUCACCCUGUGCUCUAUUCAGCGUCUGAUAAGUCUUCUUCUGUUGCAACCCCUCCACCUUUUAAACGCUCUCAUUCUGCUACUUCUCACCUUGAUACAGUAAACGAGAAAUGGCUUACGACUUCUUUACCUCCCAACAAAAAGACGUGUAACAAUAAGCAUUAUGAUCGUUGUACACCUAUCAUUGCUGAUAUGGCUUCUGCUCAAUUCAACAUCAACCAUAACAAUGAGUCAGAUUCUUUGUCUGAGCAAAUAGCCAAAGCUGUUGGUAUUGAUACCACAAAACGUAUCUUGAGCUAUACGCCUCCUGCUCCAAUUCCAAAGAACAACAUGACAAAAAAUGCACCCAAAGAUGUGUUGAGCACACACACUGCCAAUCAUGUGAAGCGACACAUUCUACUUACACCUGAAAAGAUUUUGGAUGCACCUUACAUCGCUGAUGAUUACUAUCUCAAUGUACUUGACUGGUCCAAGACCAACGUAGUUGCUGUUGCCCUUGAUAAAGCCGUUUAUCUUUGGAAUGCAAACAACGGUACUAUUCAAGCACUCAACUACAAUGAUGAAGACACAGUCGCGUCUGUUUCUUGGUCAGGAGAUGGUUCUUAUCUCUGUGUAGGCACAACUACGGGUGAUACUCAAAUCUGGGAUGUACAAGCCAAUACCAAAUUACGUUCCAUGCGUGGCCAAAAAGGAAGAAUUGGUGUUGUUGCUUGGGACAAACACAUGGUUUCUUCUGGUGCUGGUGAUGGCAGUAUCUUCAACCACGAUGUACGUAUCAAAUCGCAUGUUGUGCGUAAACUUUUGAACCACGAAGACGAAGUCUGUGGCCUCAAAUGGCGUUGGGAUGGUCAACUCUUGGCUAGUGGUGGUAACGAUAAUGCUGUCAACAUUUGGGAUGCUCGAACCAGUACUCCUAAACAUACAAGAAGAAAGCAUUUAGGGGCUGUCAAAGCUCUUGCUUGGUGCCCUUGGACACACAAUAUGCUUGCCACAGGUGGUGGUCGUGAUGAUAAAAAGAUUCAUUUUUGGGAUACAACAAGUGGCUCUUGUCUUAAAUCACUUUCACCUGGAUCUCAAGUUACUUCACUUCACUGGUCUCAGCAUUACAAAGAAAUUGUUUCUACACAUGGUUUACCCCAUAAUCAAAUUACAGUCUGGAGUUAUACUAGUCUUAAGAAGAUUAUUGAUAUCCCUGCUCAUGAUUCACGUAUUCUACAUUCUGCUUUGAGUCCUGAUGGCCAAGUAUUAGCUACUGCUGCUGCCGAUGAAAACCUCAAGUUCUGGAGAAUCUUUGAGGCUGAUGGAAAAGCUCGCCUUGGUUCAGAUUCUCGUCGUUCAACUGAAAAGAAGGAAUUAGUCAAAAGAAGCAAUACAGCCCUUCGUUAAUUAUACAUACAUACAUUUCUCUUUUUAAAAAAAAAUACCACAUACACCUAUGAAAAUAAAGACUUUUUUUUUCUAUUUUUUUAU